AACCCACCUAACCUCAUCCCCGACAAGAAACAGCAACAGGCCAGAGUCGUUGAAACCAUCAAUGAUCUUGACAUUCCGCACUACGACUUCGCAGACAUCAAUAGCGAUACCAUGCGGUCCAGAAUCUUAAAGGACCUAGGCAUCCACUACCUCGAGAAAGUGUCUCAGAAGGAAGCACGCAAAGUGCCCAAAUGCAUCGACGGUUAUAUCUGGGGACACAACCGCCGUUGGAUCUUCCCAUGUGUCGUCUCCAAUAAUGUUGAGGCUCGUCGCGUCAUUUUUAUACUGGUCACCAGUUCUCCAACAACAUAUCUUGCACCUGAGGUGUUUGAUGCUCUCAAGUUGGACAAUGACGCUGCUGCUACUGUUACUAUUGCUGGUCAUCUGCACUCGGUCCAGCCAUCGCCCAAGCACUCACCCUUUGCUGAUGUUAAUAUCCUUGGGGCUGACUUCUGUGUCGACCAUCGGCUCAGUUUUGUUCCUCUCGGUGGAAAGGAGGUUAAAUACGUCUUUGGACUCCAGGAUCAUAUCAAUGGGACCACGGGGUCUAAGCCGUCACCAGUUAGCUCGACGAUGCCCAUCUCUAUCAAAGACGGUGGAUAUGGAAAGCGUUGCUCGUUGCUAAAACCGCUCUUCAAACCCAUUCAGACCCGACAAGGUAACGGUAGUCAGUAUAUAAUGUAGGCAUCAUCAAUCAUAUCAUUGCUAUGCAGCUUCAUAGGCUCAUCCAACAUGAAUAAUAAC